ACCGAACAAAUCAACAAACUACAACUUGACGAAGAAGAGGGAAAACAUGCCCUCCCAACCCCCAAUUCCGCACAUCCUAUCCCCUUAUCUAACACACUCCACCCGCUCCGCUCAAUCACUAACAUUGAUCACAUCCGUUCUCGCGGCGACAUCAAAUUGGUUAUUAUUACGAUAUUUACAUUCCGUUUUAUCUGCCACGGCUUUAUCCGAAGAAGAUGGGUAUAAUGAGACGAUAGAAUCAGGUCCGGGACGCCAAAAAAGGAGGAGAAGGGCGAGAAGAGUUGUGCUUGUGAGCUUUUUGAGGGAGUGGAUGUUUUGGAGGGGGGAGGGGAAGAGAUUGGGAUUGGAUUUGCAGCGUUUUGUGGAUGGGGAUAGAUUCAGGUAUGUGGAUGGGUUGAGUGGGUUGUUUGAUAGGCCACAGCAGGAGCAAGGAUCUGUAAGACCUAUGACGGGUGGUGUGAUGGGCUCUGGACGAUCGAUACCUAUGCGCGGAGCGAUUGAUUCUACUCGUCCUACUACAUCAUCGAUACCAACAUCUCCGCAGUCGAAGAAUCCUACUCCGCAACAGAAACAGAAACAAUUACUCCUCUCGGGCCAGGGUAUCACUGCACUGAACCAGCUGGAGAACGAUAUCCUAGCCGUAAUAAAAUCAAUCACAAAAUCGGAUAUUAUGAGCGGAAAUGAAGAACAUGCGGAGGACGACAUACUGUUAAUACUCGAUCAACCAGAUCUCAUCCUCGCCACGACGCCAGAUAUUAAUGAAAACGAUAUAUCCGAAUGGAUUAUGGGGUUACAACAACACGUCCAUUCAACAGUAAUAACCACCUCCGCCGACUCCCCUCUCAUCCACAAUGCAAAUACAUAUACACCCGACGCUGGUAAUAUCGUCACUCCGCUCGAAAAAAACCACUCUGCUUUUGUGGUAGGAUUGGCGCAUCGCGCAUCUAUGGUUCUACAGUUACGGACCUUGGAUACCGGGGCUGCGAAGGAUGUAAGUGGUGUCUUGAGGAUGAGUAGAGGUGGUGGAUACGAGACUCAAAGAGCGGAGGAAGAUGAGGAUGAUGUGACUGAGAAGGAGGUUUUGUAUUUUGUGCAGAGGGAUGGAGGGGUGAGGGUUUUUGGGAGGGGGGAGGUAUAAUAUAUUUCCUCUACUGCCGAUUGUCCUGAAUUUCGGCUCCUAGAUAGAAAUAAGAGAAUAGAAUACCCCGAGUCAACUGUUUCAAAUUUCUCAGUUCAUUUCUGAAGAUCGUCGAAAUUCCAUAAUUUGUUUUGGAUUGACAUGAAUAAAUCCCAUUCCUCGUCGGUCUAAGAGCUAACCAACGCAAAUAAAAGGAUCAUAGAACUGAGCAACCAUCUCAAGGCCGACAGUUUCAGUCAUGACAGAUAGAAAAAACCUGCCAUGUUCGGACAUACACCCAUCCCUCCAUAUCCUUAACAAAAUCCAGAUAUAGCACCACGGGAAUCCCUUUCCUUUUUUUCCGUCACAGAAUGAUGAAAUAUCUUUUCCACUUUUUAUUCUUUUGCCCAACUCCGUUAAACUCGCGAAAUAAUAAAAAGUCCAUGGCGUAUGUAAAACCGAGUUGAAGUGUAGAAGAAAAAAAGGUAAUUUCAUUAAGCGAAACAACAACUAAACACUCAAACUAUCCGUCUUUCUUUUCGUUCAUGUCAAAUAGUUUAAGCAGUCGUAGGGCCACGGGCACCCUUGGGAGUACCGGUUUGGAAUCCAUUGUGGAAUUUGCGGUCGACGGUCUUGAGGUAUCGCAUGCGACCGGUACCGGUGGUCUUGCGGCGCUUGGCUUUUUCGCUCCAGUUGU